AUGACAUCGAAGCCAAAGCAGAUCCGCUUCGAAGAGGAUGGGUUCGAAGAUUGGCCAGACUCACGAUCCUCUUCGCCUACGCCCAGUGUGAGCUCUUUCCACCGGGGCUCCCGACCUGAAAAAGGCACGACCCGGAUUCCUGCUAGGAUCGUUUCAAAGCGCGCGCUCCUCGAGCUCGGCUAUCCUUUUGCCGAAGAUGGCGACACAAUCAUUGUGCAGUUAGCACUAGGACCAAAUCUUAUCGAUGGCCUUCUCAGAUUAAGCGAGAGCAUCCGAAACUCUGGCCAAGGAACUUCGGAAUAUGGUGAUGCGUGGAAACCAAAACAUCAAAGUAAGAGUCGAGGCUUCGAUUGGAUCAGUGUGGACGCUCCAGUCGCAGAGUCGCCAGCCCACUCCGGCAACGAGGAAGAACAAGACGAUGAUUUGGAAUCAGUGUCAGAAGGAGACGAGCUAGGCAACAUCGACGGCCCAGUAGUUCACUCUGGAAUCCUUCCACUGGACAAUACCAAGUACUUUACGGAUAAUGCCGCAGAUCCCACCUCUGGGAGACUGGCGGCUUGGAAGCUGGAGAGGUCUGAUCUCAUUAUGAGUGGUGCGGUCACGCAACUAUAUGCAGCGCAUGCUGCAGAGUUCUACAUGGAUAGCUCUGGAAAUCAAAGGGUGACACUUGUCUGUCCGAGAGAUGACGGGUAUGGAAUGGGUGACCCGUCUCUGAUUCGCAUGAGAUGGCUGUGA